UUUAUUUGUAAAAUCAGCUGAAGAAGAAUAAAAAUGAAAAAAAAAUGGCUUCUCAUUCUCAGUGACAGUGGAUUAUUAGAUUCUGAAUCUUUCAAUCUCGUUUGAUGCUUGAGGUGAAAUGAUGAUCUAGUUAGGUCUUUUUGUUAUUUUCUUUGUUUUGAGUGACCUACUGACACAAGCCAAAAUGACGACCAGCUUUAAAGCCCAGCUUCUCUGGGACAACAUCAUUAGGAAAGAUUUGUCUGCUGUCCACAGUAUGCUGGAAAAUGGCCAUGUGAAUCUAGAGGAAAGAGAUGCUAAUGGAUGCACAUUUUUAAUGGUGGCCAGUGAGCAAGGAGCAUUGAACAUUGUGAAAGAGCUGCUUCAGGCAGGUGUUGAUCCCAAUGCUGUGGAUAAUGAAAAUUGGAGUGCUCUACUUUGUGCUAGUAAAGAAGGCCAUUUAGAAAUUGUGAUAGAGUUACUAGAGAGAAAUGUGAAUAUUGAACAUGCUGAUAUGUGUGGUUGGACACCACUGAUGUGGGCCUGCUACAAGGGGAACACCAAUGUAGUUAUAGAGCUUCUGGACAGGGGAGCUAACCCAAAUGUGAAAGCAGAUCACAAUAUGACCUGCUUGUCAUGGGCUGCAGGCAGAGGUCACACUGAGAUUGUCAAGUUGCUGUUAGACAAAGGAGCCAAAGUGAAUAUGCCAGAUAAGUAUGGCACCACUCCUUUGAUUUGGGCAGCCAGGAAAGGACACACUGAGAUUGUGGAUGCCUUGCUUGGAGAAGGAGCAAAUGUGGAUGCCUCUGGCAUGAACUCCUGGACUGCAGUAUUGGUUGCCACUAAGGGCGGGCACUUUGAUACAGUCAGAUCUCUACUGCAACACGAUCCAAAUGUGAACGCUACGGAUAAGGAUGGUUUGACAGCCCUGGCCAUUGCAGCAAGAGAAGGCUAUUUUGAAAUAGUGAAUGAUUUGUUGGCAAAAGGAGCCUAUGUCAAUUUGUCAGACAGAAAUGGAGACUCCAUUUUGAUUCAUGCUGUGAAAGGAGGUCAUGUGGACAUUGUGAGAGCACUCCUCAAAAAAUAUGUUGAUGUUGAUGUACCUGGACAGGAUGGUAAAAGUGCUCUCUACUGUGCUGUGGAAAAAGGCUACACUGAAAUUGUUCGACUGCUCCUGCAAAGUAAUCCUGAUACAGAGCUGAGCACAAAGGAUGAUGACACUCCACUACUUAGAGCUGUUAGAAUGAGAAAUGAAGAAUGUGUCAGACUUCUGCUAGAGAAAGGGGCCAAAGUCUCUGCCAGUGAUAAGAGAGGGGACACUGCACUUCAUAUAGCUAUAAGAGCUCGUAGUAAAAGAAUUACAGAGUUACUUCUUAGAAAUCCAAGACACAGUCGACUUCUAUACCGUUUAAACAAAGCAGGGGAAUCUCCAUACAGCAUGGACACGUACCACCAGCGGGGAAUCUUGCCUCAGAUAUAUGGCCAUGGAAAUUUAAAUGCCACUGACGCUGAGAAUUUAUUAGGCUAUGAAAUCUACAGCUCUGCUUUGGCUGACAUCCUGAGUGAGCCUUGUCUUAUCACACCUAUAACCAUGGGGCUGUAUGCCAAGUGGGGCAGUGGGAAGUCAUUUCUGCUGGAUAAACUCAGAGUUGAAAUGGGCUCCUUUACCCAGCAGAACAAUCAGGCAGAGCUGAACUGGUCCUGGCUUAUAACCUUCUUGCUUCUUAUUAUAAACUCCAUAGUAGGAGAAGCAUUUGGCCUGGCCUUUGGUUGGAUAUAUGGCUUGGCCAUAGGUCUUGGUAUCAUUCCAAUAGAGUUCUGUUUCAUGGGUCUGGUGAUAUUCAUGUCUAGAAAAUAUGAUAUAGAAAACUUAAACAGAAUCACUGUUGCCUUGGCCAGAAAGCAAAAAUUACUCCGGCUGUUUAUCCAGAUGCUUUUUUGUAUACCAAAGCAAAAACGUUUGGCAGAUAAACAGUCUGGGGCACAGUUCUGUGUGAGGUUUCUAUUCUCUGAGUGUACACGUUUAACUAGCGUUGGGGGUGAAAAGUCCUUGGCUGCUAUGAUAGGGACUCUUUGUGAUGCUGUGGAGAAAGAAUAUGGUAUUUUUAUAGCCAGACUCUUCAGAGUUUUUAAGCCACAUCUGAGCAAAAACAGAAGCAGUAGCUUCAAGUCUAUCUGCUGCAUUCCUUACUUUGUCAUUUUCCUGCUGAUACUUAUUUGUAUUCAGACUGGAAUUGCACUUGCUGUGGCCUAUGGCAUUGAGAACAGUGUGGUCAUGAAUGGUGUUCUCAUAGCGCUGGCCAGUAUUGUAGGUCUGGCCGUUGUGGCCAACAUGUAUACCUGGGGCCAGAUGUUCUUAGCCCUAGUGUUCUCUCAGAAGAAGAGAGUCAUCAGGGCGGCUGAGCACAUAGAGGAACUAAAGAUUGAUGGAUUCAUGCAGCAGUUGAAGAGAGAGGUGGACUUGUUAAGUAAAAUGGUGAACUGCAUGGACUGUUUUACUGAUGAUCAGACUAGACUUGUGGUUAUAGUGGAUGGCUUAGACAGCUGUGAACAAGAUAAGGUCCUGCAAGUUUUGGAUACUGUCAAGUCAUUAUUCUCAGAUGAUGGCUCUCCCUUUAUAACAAUACUAGCUGUAGAUCCACAUAUAAUUAUUAAAGGAAUUGAGCAAAACUUGCGCUCAUCUUUCCAAGACACCAAUGUGAACGGAUUUGAUUAUCUGAGAAAUGUGGUCCACCUGCCAUUUUACUUGCAGUCACAAGGGAUGCGUAUACAGCAAGUAGAUCCAACAUCUAAUCAGCUAGAUGUGGGGGACACAUCCCCCUCUAAAGCCAUGAGGCAAGAUUCUGUACUGACAAGUGUUAGUAGUGAUACAAGACCCGGGCGCAAAGCUUCACGUGCCAUGGGGUCCAGCCAUAUGGUGGGUGGCAGUCUUUCUGGGUCUCUGCCUGGUAUCACUUAUGCCAGCUCAUUUGACCUGACCUCUACCAUGGCCAAGAAUGACUACUUUAGCGAUAUCAAUCCUCGCAGCAUGAGACGUCUGAUGAACAUUGUGGCAGUUACAGCACGUCUGUUGAGGGCCUACAACAUAGACUUUAAGUGGCACAGGCUGGCAGCUUGGAUUAAUCUAACUGAACAGUGGCCUUAUCGUCUGUCCUGGAUCAUAUAUUACUUUGAGGAGGCUGAUGUGGUGGAGAAUUCUGCAUCACUGUAUUCCCUGUAUAAAAAAAUCAAUCCAAAUAUUCCAUCAACAAAAGAACAAGACCCACUUCUGGAGAUUGACAGAAAUGUGCGCAAACUUGAAGCCAGUCUGACUUCUAAGUCUGGAAACUUUCCACUCUUGAAUGUUGCAGACUUGAAGAAAUUUCUUCCCUGUACCAUCAACUUGGAUCCAUAUCUGAGAAAACUUAUUAGAGAAACUCAGCACAAUAUGGAGCGUCACCAAGCUGAGAUAGCCACGUUGGGUGGAGUCUACCCUCCUCCUCCGCCUCCUCCAUCAGUGAUUGGCAGUCUGUUUAGAGACGGCACACAUGACCGUGCCCCCCUCUUGUCCUCCCCCGCUCGUUUCAAUGGGGGGCUUCCCCUUCAUCAGCCGUUGAUGUAUGGCAUGUACGGGGUACAACCGCCGAUGCCUUAUGCAGCUCCUCUACACAACCCUAACCUUUUGCCUGGAUACAUGCAGGCCCACCAGAUGAUGUUUGGUUCCCAGGAUAGCACAAAGCUAGCCAUGGCUAAAGCUGGUUCUCAAACAAAGACACCAAAGGAUUUUUUUGCUAACUAUAUCCGUCCAGUUGUUUUGUCAAAGUGUUCUGUUGAUGAUGUGUGUGAUCUCCUGUCUCAUCUCAAAGGCUUGAGCCCUGACCAUCUGUCUGAGUAUCAGGCCAGCAUAAGGGACAACAAUAUUUCUGGUCUAGUGCUGGCCAUGUGCGACCUGUCUGAACUGCAGCCGGUAAUAAAAAUGCGUUUUGGAGACUGGCAGCUGUUUCGCAGCGCUAUCCAGAUCUUGGUCUCGGCUGAAACUCAGUCUGAAAUCCAGAGUGAUGUGAAGACUGAUGGUGUGGAGACAUCUCAGAGCAUACACACAGCUCAGCUUACCCAGUCCAGCUCAGGAAUCAGUUACACAGAUCAUUCAUCCUCCAUGAGCAACACCAAGGCUCAGCCUAGUCGAAGCUUUAGUCUGCAGGAGCCCAACAGCAGCAGCCGUUUUGGACAGAAAACAGAGUUGCAGAAGAUCAGGGAGAGGAAGAUGAGACGCAACGACAGCAUUGUACAGCAGCUCUCCUAUGAAACGGCUAUCUUGAAAUCAGCCGUUUCUGGUUUUGUGGAGGAGUCAGAGGAAGAUGAAGAACAAGAGGAUGAGGAUGAUGAUGAGACUGAGCCGUCUCAAGGAAUGCUGGAACUUUGUAGUGUCAGAGAAGAAAAUGAAAUAGACAUUCAUGAAAAGAGACCCACAUUUCAACUAGGAGAAGAUAGUCCUUCUGGAAGUCCAGAGCGUCAUUCAUCAAUGUCUAGUCAUUCAGAGCACAAAACAUAUACUAUAUCCAAGGACACUGACACUGAUAAGAACUUGAUAGAGGAAUAUAUCUCCAAGACUGAUAGUGAUUUUUUGUCUUAUGAAGAAAAGAUUCUAUGUGAAGAAAAGUCAGAUAGAAAAGAUUUAGAACAGCCAACAAAUGUCCAAGAGAUCACACCAUUCAUCAAGAUUCUAGACAGACCAAAAAGUCACUACUCCUCACAGGGAUCUGGAGAAUUUGUUCCACUCUUGGGCAGUAUACAGCUCCACCCCACACCAGGUGGUUCAACAGAGUUUGUACCAGGAUCAAACAAUUUGUCAAUGUCCACAGACACACUGUUGGAUAUUGAGCCUCCUCUCAAGUCGACAGAACAGAUCUUGCCUUUCUCCAGUCCUAGUGCAGUACAAGAGAGCCCCAGUUCUUCUGCUUCUAAACAACCGUCGCAACAUGUAGCUUUUGCUUUGGGCUCAUUUCGGCAACAACCUACUCACCAUGACCACAUCGGCAACUUGGCUCGUUCUCUUGCUGUGGAUAAAUCUGACUCCGAGUCCACAUCUGAGGCUGAGGCUUCCCCUGCUCAUCAUUCCACCAAUUCCCUUGCAUCAAAUGCGGAGCGCAUAACCAAGCCCAAUCUGGGGCAACUAAAACAUCACUACCAAAGUACCAGCACAGACAGUCGCCGUGGUUCAAUCCUGAGUAGCACUGCUGGGGACGAAGAGUUCUCUUUCAACCCAUCCCUACGAGGCUCUUUACGUAGCCACACUGACCACGUGGACCUUGUCCAGCAGUCUUACUCCACCAUAGUGGAGAUGUCUUCUGCUGCCACCGAAGUGGAUGAGACAGACUUCCACCAUCGUUUAGGCGUCAGGUUUGCAAAUGUUGACCAGCUGCCAGACAGUGACAACAGCUCCCCAGACAGGGAGACUAAUGUUUAGUGCUAGACACAGGUAAGCACAUCGCUAUAGACUGGUGGUGUAAUCUACAGUUUGUAUUCAACAUGCAAGUAUCAUUGAAUGAUAUUUUCUUUCUAUGGAUAUACAAGAAUAUUGCUAUGUGUGAACUAGAUCAUCAGCUGGAUAAUGAAAAAUAAUUUUCACAGGAUCAUUUCAUGUGUUUUUCAGAAAUUAAUUUGAGCAAAUCUAAUGUGCUUUAUAUUUCUAAGAGAUAAAACAUAAUGUUUAUACAAAAAAGAGUGACCUUGGCUUUAUUUAAUUGGAGAUAAUAUGAAAGAGUUAAUAAGGCUAAAGUAAUGGAUCAAUGGGUUGUGCCUGUUUUGUAUAAUUUAUAUAUAUAUAUAACACUUAUUGACUACUUUUUACUUUUAAGAUAUACUAGAACUCUCACAUUGUGAUUUUUAUUUGGGACAAUCAUAACAACUGUUUACAAAAAGAUUUUUUUUUUCAGUUUUCUUCAAAUCUAUCAUAUAAAUAUAUAUAUAUAUAUAUAUAUAUAUAUAUGGUACUUUAACUAGAAAUAUGUUCAUUAACAAUACUUAUUGUUGCCUUGUUGUUACAAAGUUUGUUGCCUGGUGUAUCAGUUUGAUCCAAGAAGAAUUAGGUGUCAAACUGUGGCAGUGUAAAUGUUGUAUUCACAUGUUUUUCUGUAAAUCAGGGUUACAGGACAAAGUUUAUUGUUUCUUUCCAUGGUGGCCUGUACUGCAUAUAUCCUUAACAAGUAGAGCUUUGGGCUUGGACAUGGUAUUCAAGACCAGAUUUAGACUUGAUAAGGCCCUAAGCUAUUUGAGAUAUACAUAUAAUAUGGAAAAAAAAAUGGGGUCCCUUGUAUUCAACACAUGACAAUGUUUCUUCCCUCUUUCUUCCAAAUUAUUGCAGCUAUCCCUGGAUAGAUUGUUUUGAGGGCCCCCAGGCAAGUGUGGGCCCUAGGCUAUGGCUUAUUUUGCCUGUAGGUAAUUCCAGCACUGAAAGUAAUCGUUUUUUUAGGAAUAACUGAAACUUAUGAAACAAUCGCAAAGAACAAAGCAGCAGCCCAUUGGAAUAGAUAUCCUUCAGAGACGCUAGAGAUGGAUAGGUCACACCCUUCGCAAGCCUACAUCCAAUAUAACGAGGCGAGCCCUAAUCUGGAACCCCCAUAGAAAGAGGAAGACGGGACGGCCCAGAAAAACAUGGCGCCGCGAUCUGGAAGCAGAUGGGCAAGACGUGGGGACAGUUGGAAAGACUCGCCCAGAACCGAGAUGCCUGGAGAAAGAUGGUUGGUGGCCUAUACCCCAGAAGGGACAUGAGAUGAUGAAACAAUCAAAACAAGGAAACGUAUAUUUAAAGUGUAUCAAAGAUAGCAGAAGCUGCUAGGGCCAGUUGCCAAGUCAAGGACUACUCAUAGAGAGUUGAAAUUAUGAAGCUAAGAAAUUGUGGUUAUAAAUGAACAGAUGUGUUCUUAUCACUUGUAUGGUUGUUUUUUUCAAGUACUUAAUAAAUCAUGGGUCUUCAAUAACUAUGUCUAAUUUUUCUAUACCACUAGAUGUCAAAUUAUUCUCUCAAAUGAUCACAUGGGAUUUUUUCGUAAUUAUUUUUUCACAGUAAUCUGCUGUUUGUUUAUAUUUAAGAUCCAGUUCACAGUCAUAAGGCAAAAUAAUACAAUAAGAGAGAAAAUGAAGAGAAAGAGAUACUGACAAAUGUAAAAGUGGCUUAAUGGAAUCUAAAAAAAAAUACAAACAAAAAUGAAAACAAGAUAAUUAGGAGAGAUAUAGAAAAAUCAAAACAAUGUCAUAGAUGCUAAAAAGUUUGUUUUGUAAAUUAAAUAACUUAGAAGUGCUUACAAAUUAUUGUAUGCUUAAGCCUUUUAUAAAAUUCAAAGCUACUCAAACUUCCAUAUUCUAACUAUGGAUACACCAAUAAGCUUUCUAAUUAUAGAUUUUUUACCAUUUAUGAAAAUCCCUUCAUGUUGGCCCAUAACAUUUUAUAUGUAUGCCAAUUUGAAUAGGGUAUUUACUGUAAUAGAAAUCAAUCACUAGACUUUUGCAAUCAGAUUGUCUUGGUUGUUAAAUAACUUGAAAUAAAAAGUUUGGAAAUGCUGUUUUAAAACUAGUGUAGAGGGUAGCUGAAAAAAGUAUUCCUUGCUAAUCAGAUUUGUCAUGUUCCAAAUUGAUCAAUUACUAGAACUUGAUUUUCUAGUCCUUAUAAAUUUUUUUUAUACACAAAAGUAAAUUAUAUUUUUGAUUUUUUGUUUACAAUUAUAAAAAAAAGUUCAAUUGACAAUCAUGUGCAAUAGUCACCUAUUAAUGUCAUCUAGCAAGAUGGUUGGAAUGUAGAAUAAAAACAGUGUACUAAAUGUAUUGUGUACAAUUCAAACAAUAUGCAGAAAACCUGUACAACUUAAUUUUAAAACCCCAAAUUUACAACUAUUUUGUCCAUUCAUUAUAAUCAUGUCAUGCAAUGGAAUGUCCUGUUUAAGCAAUUAGUUUCUGAAACUGUAGAUGUGAAAGAUAUUCAUACCAUUAUACACCAGGAAAUUGUCUAGAAAUAAACACUACAAAUUAAGUUGCAAGAAAAAUUGAUAAUAGUAGAAAUGUAAUGUCUGCCAUAUAUUUAUGUCAAUAGUUUUUUUUUUAUGAAAUGUACCGGUACUAUGUCUGUGUUUAAAUGUUAUGUAAGUGUUUUGUAUGUACAGGAAGAGAAAAAAAAUAUUUAAUUAAUUGGCUGUGGCUAAACAGUGCUGACUACUUUAAAGAUUUGUUGAGCUAAGGCAAAGUUCAUAGCAAAGUUCAUCAAAUCUGUGACUUGUUGGAUUCAUUCUAAAGUUAGUUGUCCAACUGAAGAUAGAAUAAACAUCCUUAUGUUCAAUCAACACCAAAAGUUAAGAGGUGAGAGCAGGCAGUACUGUCUCAUUCCUGUCAAUCGUCAGUCAACUGAAAAGCUGGUCAAGACCAGUGUACGUAAUGAAGCCACCUCGCUGGAAGGAUACAGAGAUAAAUAUUAUUAUUACACACCUGUUGAGACAAACUCUUUUUAAAUGUUGCCCUCCAUUCAUGGACUAUUUUAAUUUAAGACAACAUCAAAAAAAAAAAAGUGAUUUUCUGUCAAUGCCACACAAUGAAAUGCUGUUUCUUGUCUUGUUAAUGCCUCUUGGAUAAGAAGAGUUGGAAUCAUUAAAAAAAAAAUGUUGUCUGUAUUGUACUGGAAGAGUCAACUCUUUAUUUAAUAGAUGAACAUGUCCUUAAUGGGCAUGCUAUAUCAGAAUGAUUGUAACUAGAUGUGACUGGUAUAUAUUUGUACAUAGAUUAAUGACUCUUUAAGAUUUGUUCAAACUAAUCUGAACAUUCCUUUUUAAUCACAGUUAUUUAUGUAUUUACAGCAUAUGGAAUAUGCAGAAACCCAAUAUAUUACUUUUUCACUGUCCAUGUAUUUAUUAAAUAGAUUCUUAUCUAAGAUGUCUAGAGACACUGUCUGCUGUUAGUUAUCGCAAUAGAACUUUGUGAUUUAUUUCUGUCAUCAUUGCAUGUUCCGCUGACUUGAGCCACUUUUGUACUAGCUGUACAAACUUAAUGAGUAAUCUUUCUGGGCUUGUGAGCAUAGCAAUUUCACAACGUUGGUUACCUUUGCAUAAGCAUGAACGUAUUGUGUGUUUAACUUUGUAUUGUCUCUGCCCUUACUUUGUAUUUUCUCUAAAACAUUUGUGUUCACUGACGUCAGGUUUGAGUUUUCAAGUAAUAUUUAUUUACACAUAGUCCAAAUUUGUUUUUCUUUUUACAAGAGUUGUUUUUGUUUUUUUUUAAUUGAAAUAGUCAAAUUGUAUUUUCCCCAUGUUAUGAACAAAGUGGCAUUUAAUACAAUGGCCUUUCUCUUUGUCAUCUAUAAAUGUAGCAAGAAGUUGAUUCAGAGUUUAAAAUGUUUUUGGUUUGAUCUGUUGGUAAUCUCUGUGGCUUGGACUUUCCACUUCCAAUAAUGUGUAACUUUCAUUUUAAUUCUAUUGUAAGUUUUAUUUUAUUUCAAUAGUUUCAAAGUACAGCCUUUUUUUUUUUUUUUUUUUUAAAAGAUCUACUUCGAUUACCUGGGCUCUUUUUUUUUUGUCUUCUACAAACAAAUGUUUCUCAAAGAUUAAUUGUAAAUUGUUUAACAGAACAGAUUAACCUGUAUUUUAUUUAAUACCUGUUGCAUUGCAAAAAUUUAUGUCCUGGAAUUUUGGGUACAACCACGGGAUAGCUGUGUUGUUUGUUAUGUUACUGUAAAACAUUGGUUUUGUGAUACUACGGAUAUAUCUGGAGAAAAAAAAGAGCACAAACACACACACACACAAAACAAGCAUAUUUAUUCUAAUGACUGGGUGGCAAACAUUUUUAAAAACGGUCAAGGCAAUGAGAAACAACCAGCAAUCCUUCAAUCAAAUACUUUUUGUAAAUGCUGAACCCAUUAUAUAUUUUGUAUAGAGAGGCAGAAAAUUUCAUUUAUACAUUAGAAAAUAGUGUUUCAAAGAACAAUGGACAAUGAAGCAUUGACUUUUUGGGCCUGAUAGGAAAGCUCAGUAACAAUGGAAAGAGUUUAUGUCGGACAGUUAGUGAGUUAUCUGCCAAGUGAACAAUAAUUAUUAAAAAUUUACUAACAGAAUUCUAAUAAUGAUAUUUAAUUGCACCUCCUUCAUGGUCAAAGAUGAGCAUUCUCUCAUUUCUUAUGAACUUGAAUAUGGCUGUGGAGUCCUAUAAAAAGAUAGAGAGAGAGAAAUAGAGAUAUAUCUUAAAUUUGAUUUAACAUUACUCUACUUAAUUGUUUCUUUUCCAGUACAAGAUUUUUCAAUUUUCUGGGUUUAUUUUUGCAAUGAUAAAGUUUAAUCCUCACUCUUAGAAUUGAAAUUGCACUUAUGUCCUACAUUAGGACCAGAUGUUUGUUUACACUUCUUGACUUCAACCUUGUUUCUUCAGAGAAAGGAUGUUUGUGCUCUGAAAUUAAGGCUGUACUUUUAUAAAAAACAAUUUUACCAUUACUGUUUGUGUGUAUUUAGUAUUAUUUACUUUUUGCCAUAUUAAGAUGAUGUGAUCAUAUAUAUUUAUAUAUGUACGAUUAUAUUAUUGUACGCCACCUUGAUCCUUCCGCUAUUUAUUCAAAUGAAACACUGAUCCUAUAGAAAAAUGACUUAUUUUAAAGAGACAAAACAGUGUGUCUUUUAUCUUAAUUUAUGUGAUGAUGAAUUGAUUCAAAUGUCAUAUGAUGCUCUGUUCAAAGCCUUGAGUCUACUUACUUGUUCAAGAGUUUGAAGUUUUUCUGGGUUAUUUUGCAAAUUAAAUUGUAUGUCUUAUUCUUAUGAACACAUUUUGCAAAAGAAUUUUUAUGCAUGAAUAUCAUCCCAAACAAUUAUUCCAAAGUUGUUGUUUUUUUUGUUGUUUUUUUUUUGUUUGUUUUUUGUUGUAACAUUUUGCAAUGUCAGUACAAAACAAUGGAUAAUGUGUAGAUACUUUUUCUCUUGAUUAACACUUUUUAGUCAUGAAUUUUGAACUUGUGUAAUUAGUAAUUUUUUGGUUCAUGCUGUUCAUCUAUCAAAAGAAAUUUUUUUUUUUUUUUUUUUUUUUUUUUUUGUGUUUCUUCAUGGUAUCUCUUGAUUUGUAAUGGUGUUUGUUGAGUUUGAUAGGACAUUCCAUUUUUGAGGGCUAGGCUGAUUGUCUUGUUACAGUUUUGACUAGUUUGGUUUGGAAACUGUACACUUGUUAGACAUAAAGUUUUGACUAGUUCACUCUGUUUCAUGGUUUAUGCUGGACUCAGCACUUUGAUAAGCUAAAAUGUUUUUCUGCCUUAAUUGUCAUCAUGUUCCCAAAUGAAAAACUUUUUGAAAUGAUUUGAAACUUUCUGAACAAAACUUUCUAAUGGAAAGUAAAAUGUCCUGAGGCUUCUGGAACUUUUGGCAUCAUUCUGUUGCUUGGAAGCUUUUUUCAGUGAGUCUCUCCAUUACUACAAUAGUUUCAUAGCUUCUUUUCUAAGAACCUAGAGUUUUGUGUUCACUGUAGAUUCUUUUAAUUCAAUUUUCUCUCUGACACUCUAGAGCUGUUUCUGCUACCUAAACUUCUGUUUUCUCUUGGGGUCCUACAGUUUUGUGUUCACUGUAGCAUUGUCAAACACCAACAUAUUCUAGAGACAGUUAUAUUUCUCUUACUAAAUGUUAUACAAAUGUAUAGAUGUGGUCAAAUCUAGAACUUGUUCAUUAACUUGUAUUAAGCCCUUACCCACCAAAAUGGCAUAUUAUAAAAUGAAUAUUUAUUUCUCUCUAUUAAAUCAUCACAUAUCAAAUAUUCUUGAUGGUAUUUUUCUGCUUGUAGUUAUUGUGUCACACUUAGAAUGGGAGACGAUGCAGUUCGCAGUUGAUGUCAGUCUAUUCAUUCUGUUACGUGAUUCAUCUAGUCUACAUGUGAUUAAUCAAGAGUCUAUAUGUGAUUAAUCAAGAGUCACCCCAAAUGGAUAUUUAGAGACCUCUGUACAGUUCUAACGUGUCUUUGUUUGUUUCUUCUAUUUCAACAUGUUGUUCUAUAUCUCAGACUUUCAGCUCUAAUAAGAUUUGAUAUUAAUGUUGAAGCACACAAUCCUACAAUUUAAUAAUGAUGAGGUAAUUUCUGUGUUAUCUACUUUGUAUCCAGAGUUAGUCUUUACUUUACGUCCGCGUGAAAUAGAUAUUACCCUUUUGGAAAGGGAUUGUUUGUGGCAGUGUGGUGCACCGGUAGAGCGUUAGGCUGCUAAGUUGAUCGGGGUUUUGUUUUAGGGAAUUCAGUUCAUUUCUGAGUGUAGGCAGUUGGUCGUUGUACUUGUCAAUGGCAGCCUCAUUAUCCUGAGACAGAAAAAAAUGUCUGCAUCAUUUGCCUUAAUGUUAGAUCGAGUCUCAAAGAAUAGUUUACUUCACUAAUGAAUUGGAAUUGUGUUUUUUUCUGUGUGUGUAAAGUUGAAUCUUGCAUUUCAAAGAAUGAAAGAGGCAUUGAACAAACAGUCUGGGUUUCAUUCUCGUUUUAGUUAGAAUGUGAUUGGAUAUGGGCUGACUGGAGUUAGCUUCAACUAGAUCUAGUUCACCGCAUAAAGUCAUGUUUUUGUUAUGUGACCAUUUUUAUUCCAACAACCCAAUGCAGUUCAUAGCAUCUACAGCUUUUGUUUGAGAAAUUCAAAAUAAUACAAUUGUUUACUUUGACCGUGGACUCCAAGUGAUAGAAGAAAACAAAAAGUUGAUGCUUAAACUAAACACACGCUUCUCACGAUACCUAUAGAGUAAACAAAAAGUGACAGAACUGUUGAAGAACGUUUUUUUAUGAUACCGAAUUGCUUGUUGUCAAAUUUGGCUUUGGACGAAGUAGCUUUAUUAAACCUAAUUGUUGAGUUUAAUAUAGUAGCGUUUAGAAAACCGAUGCUUUGUUUGGUUGUCUCCCCUGCUUUCCUUGGGUAGAACAGUGUACCAUCUCAACAUUUUGUUACAUAGAGAUUUAAGAAUUAUAUAUAGAUUGAUAAGUUACACGUCUAGGGCGUUAUGACCUUUUUGUUUGUUCACUGAUCAGAGCCUCAAAUAAAUUAUCACCUAGCACCUACUGGGUUAGUCUAAUUUGUAUUCUUUAGGUCUAGACUAGAAGCCUUCUAAAACAUGGCUCGCUCUGGAGGCAGAUAUCAUGUUGCUCUGUUGUUGUUGGUUUUACUGUUCAUGUUUACUUUCAGACUUUCUGCUGUUGUUGUCAGUUUAUGUUGGCUAUGACAUUCGUUCUGCAUCCUGGCACCAAAAAUCAUGUAUGCGUAUGAGGGCGGGUGCAGCAUGGGGCUGGCCACGUUGUAAUGACACCCUGCUCCAUGGCUCCCACCGACUCCCAACAAAAGUUUGUCCUCUCCACUUCGCCUCUAACUUCCCCGUGUUUCUUUUUCCCCAACGGGAAUGACUGUGUCUACAUGGUUGUUAUAUGUGACUGUGUCUACAUGGUUGGUAUAUGUGACUGUGUCUACAUGGUUGGUAUAUGUGACUGUGUCUACAUGGUUGGUAUAUGUGACUGUGUCUACAUGGUUGGUAUAUGUGACUGUGUCUACAUGGUUGUUAUAUGUGACUGUGUCUACAUGGUUGUUAUAUGUGACUGUGUCUACAUGGUUGGUAUAUGUGACUGUGUCUACAUGGUUGGUAUAUGUGACUGUGUCUACAUGGUUGGUAUAUGUGACUGUGUCUACAUGGUUGGUAUAUGUGACUGUGUCUACAUGGUUGGUAUAUGUGACUGUGUCUACAAGGUUGUUAUAUGUGACUGUGUCUACAAGGUUGGUAUAUGUGGCUGUGUCUACAUGGUUGGUAUAUGUGGCUGUGUCUACAAGGUUGGUAUAUGUGGCUGUGUCUACAUGGUUGGUAUAUGUGGCUGUGUCUACAUGGUUGUUAUAUGUGACUGUGUCCACAUGGUUGUUAUAUGUGACUGUGUCCACAUGGUUGUUAUAUGUGACUGUGUCUACAUGGUUGGUAUAUGUGACUGUGUCUACAUGGUUGGUAUAUGUGACUGUGUCUACAAGGUUGGUAUAUGUGGCUGUGUCUACAUAGUUGGUAUAUGUGACUGUGUCUACAAGGUUGGUAUAUGUGACUGUGUCUACAUGGUUGGUAUAUGUGACUGUGUCCACGUGGAUGUUAUAUGUGACUGUGUCCACGUGGAUGUUAUAUGUGACUGUCUACAUGGUUGUUAUAUGUGACUGUGUCUACAUGGUUGGUAUAUGUGACUGUGUCUACAAGGUUGGUAUAUGUGGCUGUGUCUACAUGGUUGGUAUAUGUGACUGUGUCCACAUGGUUGGUAUAUGUGACUGUGUCCACAUGGUUGUUAUAUGUGACUGUGUCCACAUGGUUGUUAUAUGUGACUGUGUCCACAUGGUUGUUAUAUGUGACUGUGUCUACAAGGUUAGUAUAUGUGGCUGUGUCUACAUAGUUGGUAUAUGUGACUGUGUCUACAAGGUUGGUAUAUGUGACUGUGUCUACAUGGUUGGUAUAUGUGACUGUGUCCACGUGGAUGUUAUAUGUGACUGUGUCCACGUGGAUGUUAUAUGUGACUGUGUCCACGUGGAUGUUAUAUGUGACUGUCUACAUGGUUGUUAUAUGUGACUGUGUCUAUAUGGUUGGUAUAUGUGACUGUGUAAACAUGGUUGUUAUAUGUGACUGUGUCUACAUGGUUGUUAUAUGUGACUGUGUCUACAUGGUUGUUAUAUGUGACUGUGUCUACAUGGUUGUUAUAUGUGACUGUGUCUACAUGGUUGUUAUAUGUGACUGUGUCCACGUGGAUGUUAUAUGUGACUGUGUCCACGUGGAUGUUAUAUGUGACUGUGUCCACGUGGAUGUUAUAUGUGACUGUCUACAUGGUUGUUAUAUGUGACUGUGUCUAUAUGGUUGGUAUAUGUGACUGUGUAAACAUGGUUGUUAUAUGUGGCUGUGUCUACAUGGUUGUUAUAUGUGACUGUGUCUACAUGGUUGUUAUAUGUGACUGUGUCUACAUGGUUGUUAUAUGUGACUGUGUCUACAUGGUUGUUAUAUGUGACUGUGUCCACGUGGAUGUUAUAUGUGACUGUGUCCACGUGGAUGUUAUAUGUGACUGUGUCCACGUGGAUGUUAUAUGUGACUGUCUACAUGGUUGUUAUAUGUGACUGUGUCUAUAUGGUUGGUAUAUGUGACUGUGUAAACAUGGUUGUUAUAUGUGGCUGUGUCUACAUGGUUGUUAUAUGUGACUGUGUCUACAUGGUUGUUAUAUGUGACUGUGUCUACAUGGUUGUUAUAUGUGACUGUGUCCACAUGGUUGUUAUAUGUGACUGUGUCCACGUGGAUGUUAUAUGUGACUGUGUCCACGUGGAUGUUAUAUGUGACUGUGUCCACGUGGAUGUUAUAUGUGACUGUGUCUACAUGGUUGUUAUAUGUGACUGUGUACAUGGUUGUUAUAUGUGACUGUGUCCACAUGGUUGGUAUAUGUGACUGUGUCCACGUGGAUGCUAUAUGUGACUGUGUCCACGUGGAUGUUAUAUGUGACUGUGUCCACGUGGAUGUUAUAUGUGACUGUGUCUACAUGGUUGGUAUAUGUGACUGUGUCUACAUGGUUGUUAUAUGUGACUGUGUCUACAUGGUUGUUAUAUGUGACUGUGUCUACAUGGUUGUUAUAUGUGACUGUGUCCACAUGGUUGUUAUAUGUGACUGUGUCCACAUGGUUCUUAUAUGUGACUGUGUCCACGUGGAUGUUAUAUGUGACUGUGUCCACGUGGAUGUUAUAUGUGACUGUGUCCACGUGGAUGUUAUAUGUGACUGUGUCCAUGGAUGUUAUAUGUGACUGUGUCCACAUGGUUGUUAUAUGUGACUGUGUCCACAUGGUUGUUAUAUGUGACUGUGUCCACAUGGUUGUUAUAUGUGACCGUGUCUACAUGGUUGUUAUAUGUGACUGUGUCUACAUGGUUGUUAUAUGUAUUGAAUGUCAUUAAAACUGUCGUUUUAAGUGUUAACCCAAUUAGGCCGCAGGUUGAUUAUCAAGAGAAAAUAUAUUGAUAAUUAAUAGUCAAUUUGGAGUGUGUGUCGUGUCGAAGCAAAGACUCAUGUACACACCCAGUGUAUAUAUCUCACACUUGUCUCUCAACCCAAGGUACGUGUGUUCAUAGGGGUACGCCGAAAGAACUGUCGGUAGCCUAAGUAGUUCACAGUGCCUAUAAACAAGACAAAAAGUAGUUUGUGUGUACAUAUCUUCCAUUGAAAUAAUAAUGCAGUGGUUAUUUGGAAGUAAAGAGUUGUUAAUGAUUGGCUAUCAAAUAACAUGAAUGUAAUCUUUCAAGCAUAACCCCUGUCUUGCCAAGUUACUGUACCUGAAGCACAAUUAACAAAGAACGUAGGCAAUAUAAAGACUCCCAUUAAGAGUGUGAGCUAAAUAUUGAGGAUAGGGUAAUAUUGCUAUUGUAUGUUAUGUUUUUUUUUUGUGGGUUGUUUCUUCAAUGGUCUCAUGUUUCAAAACAACCCGUUGGUUUGCAGUGGCAUAGAGUCUCACUAAACAACUUGUAUGAUAUAAACAUCUAUCAUUAUUAAUACAAUUACAAUGUUUCUAGUUUGUUCAUUAAAUAAAAGUGAUACAUUAGA